GGCGGGUGAAAAGCCGAGGAUUCCGGGCGUAGCAGCUCUCCCGCUUUGCGUCACUUCCGCUUCCUCUCUGCCAGGGCGGGUAAUUCGAACGUUUUCAGAGUGGCCGGCGGUCCUCGCGGUUGGCGCGGACCCGCUGCUGUGGCGGUGGAGGAGGUCGAGACCGAAACUGGAUAUGUCUAGGAGGCGAACGCGGUCCGGAGGGGCCGCUCGGCGGUCGGAGCCCAGGGCCCCAUCUCCUGAGUCCCUGCGGAGGUCCCAGCGAAAAUCAGGCUCUGUUCUCCCGAGCGUUCUUCCUGAAAUCUGCCAGAAGACACCUCCUGCGGCUCCAGUCAGAAAGCCCAUCGUCUUGAAGAAGAUUGUGGCUCAGGCGGUAGAGGUCCCAGCUGUCCACUCUCCUCGCAGGAGCCCUAGGAUUGCUUUUUUCUUGGGGAAAGAAAACAACCCUCCUCUCCAGGAGCCAAGGAAAGAGGACCUCUUCAAGACAUGUAGUGUCCCUGCCACCCCCGCUACUACUCCUGUGCUGAACCCCCUGAAUGUCCAGUCCAACUCCAAGGAAGGGGAGUUGGAUGCCAGAUACGUGGAAAUGUCUAAGAAAGUCAGGCGCUCCUAUAGCCGGCUGGAUACCCUUGGAUGUGCCUCCACCUCCACCCCUGGCCUCCGGUCCUGCUUUGGCUUUGAGGACCCCGAAGAUUUGUCUGGUGUCUCACCUGUGGUGCAUUCAAAGUUAACCGAGGUCUCCAAGGUCCCUGCAAAGCCCUGGUCCCCAGACACGAAUCUCCCAGGAAUCUCUCCCCUAGUUAUGAAAGAGAAGCGAAAGAAGAAAAAGGUGCCAGAGAUACUGAAGUCGGAGCUGGAUGAGUGGGCCGCAGCCAUGAAUGCUGAGUUUGAAGCUGCUGAGCAGUUUGAUCUCCUGGUUGAAUGAGAUGAAGUGAGGCUGCACCUGGCCAGACCUUCCCCUCUCCUUGUACAUAGUACUCUCAAUGAAGACAUUUGGGGUCCCCCUGCUGGUCUCUAUCCCUGCAGGUGUUGUUGCUGCAAAUGAGGCCUGUCUACCCUUCAGGGCUUAGGCAGCCCCGGUGGCAGUGUGGGUUCCAGAAAAUGGGGCCCUCCUGGCCCCUCACUCAUCCCCUUCUUCCUAUCUUCCCAAAGUAUCAGGUUGAAAGGCCACUGCUGCUCUGGUUGGGAACCAUGGCUGCUCUGAAGCAGCCCCAAGAGAAAUAGGCCCUGUGAAAUCUACCUGGCCUCGGGCUGUCCCUCUGGAUUUGCCUUCCAUUAGUGUCUUGUUUCCCAGUCACAAACCCAUCAGUGUAAAGUGGCGCUGGGUUCCAUGGGUUUCCCCUUCGGUUCUGUGGAGAGUCUAGGAGAGGGCUCAUGGGCUAGGGGACUGUGCUGCCCUCAAGGAAGAAGCUGGACAGUCAGCCUUUAGAGUCCAAGUUUUUGUUUUUGUUUGGUUUUGCAAUACUGGGGAUUGAACCUGAAGCCUUCAUACUGCCAUGAGUAUGAAGCCCUCUUUUAUUUUUAUUAAAUUUUGAGACAGCAUCUGACUAAGUUGCUCAGACUGGGCUCGAACUUAACAGUCCUGCCUCAGUCUCCCAGAGUGCUGGGUGCGCCACCAUGCCCAGCUGGAGUCCAAGUGUUCAAUGAGGGAGGGAGCCUUAACUGGGUCCUGACCGUAAAUGUUUCCUAGUUUGGAGCUGUGUGUUACAUGUCUGUGUUCUGCUGUUGAGGUGUUGGUAAAUUUGAGGUUGCUGGGACAUUGUUUGGGACAAUGAGGAUGCAUUCCACGGUGCCCAGUUGGUUGCUUUGCUGGCCACCUGCCCAGGGGCAAAGAGUGAGCCUUCUUGUCACCCAUACCCAUUUCUUUAAAAAUGAGCCACACAUUCUUUGGCCCUGGAAGAAUAAAGGUCCCAGUCCCAGGAACAUUUUACACCUGUACUUGUAAUGUUCUAGGCAGCUUUCCUCCCCCGAUGAGAAAGCUGCAGGGGUUGGUAGCUUUCCCUUUUAGCUUCUUUACAAUGGUCUCCCUUGGGAACCUGCCCAAGAGGGUGCUGGGAGUUGGAGUGGGGUGGGGGGUCGCCUCAUCAUCUCGAGGGCAUUUCCCCUCCUUUCCCUUUCCUUGGUAUUGGUGGAAGGUGUGGUUUAAACACUGCCCUACCCACCACAACUGCCACCCAACCCAGGCCAUUCCAUUUUUGGUAUUUACAAGUUCAUGGAUGUAGGGGCUGAGAGGGGUGGAGAGGUGGGUGGAUGGCAGAAGGCAGGGGAAGAUGAGCCCUUGCUGAGAUACUGGAUGGAACCAUGCAGGCCUCAUGGGGUGUAGGAGCCCUGUUCAAGGCCUUGAACUCACUGCAAGUGGACGCCUUCACCAGGCAAGCCCACUUGACCUUGACUAGAUCACAACUGGUGAACUCUGGUCCCUACUGGCUGAUGGGGUGGAACUCUUGGGCAGUGUCUUAGUCCUGCAGAAUCAGGAGGAACCAGAUGACACUGAGUUGAUCUCAUCACUAAACCUUUUUCUGUCUCCAAGGAACUAACUGCAGUGUAGGGAAAUUGGGUUUCACUUUCAAAUAAACAGAUCUGAUCAAAGGG